CUCGCCGCACACAGCCCGACGUAUAGGAACGUUGAGGUGCAGCUUAAAUACCAAAAAACGUCGGCCUUUGCUUCGAAGGGUUGCAACGAAAACCUUGGGCAACAAACCCUGUCCCCAGCCGGAGCUUGACACAUUGAGGACUUGUCGCGAUGGUUGACGUUGUCCUCAUCAUCACUGUGGUGGUCUUCGCCAUUCUAGUAAUAUUAGCCUCCAUAUACUUCUUGGCAUACUUCCAGCAUCCAGACGACAAAUGGGUAGCAUGGUUCCCAAAAAUUGUGGUGAUAAUAGGGCUAUCACUGGCGUGUUACAAUGUCUUCCUUCUUCCCUUGGACGUGGCAAAUCAGAAAGGGCAACUCCAAGCGUCAGGAAACAUACCAAUGGCCAAAAUCACGAUUGCGUUUUACAUAUCAACAGUGAUCAUAUGUCUUGUGGUUGUUCCUUUCACGGUGUUCUUUUAUGAAGGGUCGGACGAAGAUGAUGGUGAUCAGAGAUCAUCCCCAAGUGCUUUUGCAUACGCCAUUAAAUGGCUAGUUCCUAUUCUCAUUUUUAUGGCCGGCCUUAUUUUUGUUCUGUAUUGGUUCCUUGGCUAUGCGGACGUUCCCACAACCAAAUUGACGAGUGUGCUUGUAGCCGGUGGAAAUUUAGGCCUCAACUCAUCGAUCAAUAGUUGCUUGAACACUUUGGCGCCAACGGGAAAUAUGACGCUUUGUCAAUACCAAACAGGGACGAACCACGUCGUUGUGUCUCCUCUCGUCUAUAUCGUGGCAAUUGUCACCUUUGUAGGCUGGAUUCUUUUCUCCAUUUUUGGAGGAGUAGGUCUCAUUGCCUUGCCCGUGGACUGGGUCUCGCAAUUCCUGCAUCGUCCUAAACCGAUCAAAGCAAAUGAGUAUCAGGAAAAAAAGAAGGAGAUUGGGCAGAAUGCACAGCUUCUGAUGGAGGCCGGAAAAACGCUUAACGAGGAUCUGAAAUCUGCGACGAGAUCGGGAGUGGCUGGGAAACGGUGGAGAAGAAUUAAGACUCGUGAGACCGAGUUCAGAAAGGAUGUCCUCAUUUUGGAGUAUCACUAUCGCCGCCUUGAGGAUGCCUAUAGAAAUCAGGGAGGGAAUUUCCUUCUCCAGCUCAUUCAAUUCAUUGGCGGCAUCAUCGGUGGAUUUCUGUCGCUGUUCUGGCUUUUGCACAUAAUCCUCUACCUCAUUCCUUGGGCACUGCAUACGAAUCCUUACAGCCCAUUUCUUAACGAUUUCUUGAACGCUGUCAACAAGGUUCCUUUUGUGGGAACCGUGUUUUACGCACUGUUCUCCUUCUAUCUUUUGGCCUGCGUUCUGAAAGGUGCUGCGUCAUUAGGAAUGCGAAUCUUUUUCAUUCCUAUUCAUCCAUUGAAAAUCGGAGAAACCAUGAUGAAUUCUCUUGUUUUCAACACUGGUGUGGUGCUGAUAUGCUCCAUGUCGGUCGCCCAGUUUUGCACCCUCAGCUUCUCUCGCUUUGCAAAGUAUACCGCCAAUGAAUCAAUAUUCGGUGUGCAGAUGCAAAAUCUCAGGGGCAUUCAAUACGGAUACGACGCCUUCAUUUUCAUCUUGCUAGGUUUUGCAGCGUUGACCAUAGGAUAUACCCUCUAUCGACCUCACAAAAAGCGACGAGAGAAUAUGAUGGACUUCAAGUAUUGAGGAGGGGAGCAAGAUCGGACAUGAGUACACUAAUGCAAAAAUACGAGGUGCAGAUAAUGACUGGAGUAAGGGGUUAAGACCAUAGUUCGUUCUUGUGUUUGGUGAAUAUAGAUCUAUGUACAAUGACUCUAAACUCUGAGAAACAACAGCAGAG